AUGGAAAAGACAGGAUUGGCAGUUUUACCUGUUUUUCACUAUGUAAAUCCCAGUGAUGUACGGAAUCAUAGGAGGACUUUUGCAGAAGCUUUUGCUAAACACGAAGAGAGUUUCAAGGUUAACAUAGGAAAUUUACAAAUGUGGAAAGCUGCUCGGACAAAAGUUGCCGAUCUUGCUGGAUGGGAUUUAAAGGAUAAGCAUGAAUCAAUAGUUAUCCAAAAAAUCAUUGGAAGGAUAUUUAGUGAGUUGUAUUGUAAAUUCUCAAGUGUUUUUAAGGACCAUCUUGGAAUAGACUCUUGUGUGGAUGAAAUGUUGGAGUCAUACUUAAGAGAAGGGUUGGGUGGUGGUUGCUUUGUUAGGAUAUAUGGGAUGGGUGGAAUGGGAAAAACAACUCUUGCACAAAAAAUUUAUAGAAAAAUUUCUAGUAAAUUUGAAAGUAGUAGCUUUAUUGCUAAUGUUAGAGAAGAAACUAAAAAUCAAGGUUCAGUUUCUUUACAAAAACAACUUCUUUCUAAGAUCUUUAGGGAAAGAGAAAUAAAUAAAUGGGAUGUUUAUGGGGGAAUCGAUGUUAUAGGGAAUACAUUACGUAAUAAAAAGGUUCUUAUUGUUCUUGAUGAUGUGGAUGGAGAAGAACAACUAGAAGCAUUAGUAGGGAACCAUGAUAUCACCGCACACCCUUAG